AUGGACUUCCCUCGGGGACUGCCCGACAACCCGGCCCAGGCCCGUCGAGCCAUCGCUGCUGCAGCCCUCGCGAACCCAACGCCGCCGCCGCCCGUCCCGGCCGUCCCCAAGGAUGUGCCGGCCUCGUCGCUCUCGGCGGGGCAGCCACUGUCGCCCAGCCAGGUGCUGGCUCUGGCCCGCGAUGCCAUGCGCGCUGCCCGUGAGGUAGAGGCCAAUGCUGUUGCUGUCGAGGGCAGCGGCUUGAUGCCCGGCCUGACCAUCGAUCUGAGCCGGAAGCGCAUCCACACGUUGCCCGAGGAGAUCGUGGAUGUUAUAAAGGACGAGCUGGAGAGAUUUGCCCUCUCGCACAACUACCUAACCACCUUCCCCUCUCGGUUCUCUGAGUGCACGAUGUUGCGCUACCUCAAUGUCAGACAGAACAGGAUAAAGGAGUUCCCGCUGGUGCUCUGCGAACUCAAAUCCCUCGAGAUCCUUGACCUCGGCCGCAACUUGUUGAAGACUCUGCCGAACGAAAUCGUCAAGAUGUCCUCGCUCAAGGUGUUGUCUGUGUUUAAGAACCAGAUCACCCACUUGCCGGUUUGCUUAGCCGAUAUGCCGUCCCUGCACUGGAUCAAGCUGGCAGGAAACCCUCUGGUAUAUCCCGAUCCCUACAAGAUCGAUAUUCCUGGCACGGGUCCCAAUCCCCCUGUGGACGACAAGGAGAUCAAUGAUCAUCGCGAGACUGAUGCCACGGCAGCCAUCAAGAAGUUUCUCAAGGAGGAGCGAUAUGGUGCUGCCGGCACCGGCUCAGGCGCUUCGUCGGUUACGGCCGAAUCCCCUACCGAGUCCGUGGAAGGAGGAGAGACGCCACGCCCAACGAUGAAGAGAGUCUUCAGUGGUCGGUUUCCUGUGAAGGUAAACGGCAACGAAGUGCCCGACCUACGCUCGCCCGCCGCUCCACGGCCACCCCCCAUCCCGAUGCGCUCACACUAUCGCGGAUUGUCGCAGCAGAACGCAGCCCACCGCAAGCCUGGCGUGGCGCCGUUGGUCAUGGGCAAUCUCAACGAGCGCGUGCGCAGCAACUCGGAGACGGCAUAUCAGCCGUCGAGCAGGGAACGGUCAGAAAGUCGAUCGCGGCGCAUGGGCAUGGUUAGCAAGCGGUCGGAGCUCAGCACGCUGGAGGAGAUCGAGGUCAAUCCCAACCGGUUCAGCCAUUAUCGCGGCCUCAGCCAUGGCUCGGCGAUGCAGGGCCAUGGACCCGGGUUGCAAGUUAAGAGUCCUAAUCUGGGGAGCCCCGCUGAGCCGCCGGCAUUGCAGAGGCCUGUGUACGUCCGGCGGCUUUCGGUGCUGCCCGAGAGACGGAGAGAGUCUAAGAUAUUCGACCCCGUGCUCGAGGCGGCUAAGGGGGUGCUGUAUUCGAUCUUCCAGAUCCAUCCUAUGAUUCAGACGCUGGUUGGCUUGACCAACAACGGGUCGGCGGGGAGGUCCAACCUCGAGAUUGUGUUUUACAACACGAACGACCAUGUCGAGCAGUUGGAGAUGGAGAUCCAGAAGCAGGACCAGGCGAUCAACGAGGGCCACGGCCAGCGCGAGAACGAGAACGUUCAGCGGGCUUGCCUCACGCUGAUCAAUGCCUACACGCACGUCUGCUCGCUGCUGAUGGCCAACGUCGAUGUGUUUUUAGAGUAUGGCGACCCGCGGUACAUCCGGACACUGCUGCUGCAGCUCUAUAACAGUGUCAUGGAGCUGCGCGUGACGUGUAACCAGGUUGCCCCCCCUCCGGAGGACAUUUCGCGGCCGCCAACAGCGAUGUCGAGACAUGAGCUUGGCGAGAAUACCAUCCGGCCCUAUAACCGCGAUGUGGUUACGCCAACACCAGGCGACCGGUCUGUCAUCAAUGGCCGGCCCCGGAACGGCAACUGUCCCCCUCAGCCGAGCAAUCUGCGCGUUGCCACAGACGUCCCUUCGUAUAUCAACGGCGGCGGAAGGAACAACUACGCGGCAGCGAGCGCAGCCACGCCCCAAUCGGGCGAGUCGUUCGCAUCAACCAGCACCAUAGGCACCCGCAACCUCUCGGCCGACUUCACUGAAGAAGACCGGGCCUUCGAACGCAUCUUCCUCGCCCUCCAAAAGACAACCGAACUCGUCAUGCGCACGCUGCCCGGCAUGAACGCGCAAUUCAUGUCCUCGAUGCGCGCCGCCGCCGCCCAACGGUCUCCCGAACACGUCAUCCAAUGCUGGCGGGCGCUGAUUGUCAAGUGCAACACGACGAUCCAGCAGACGGAAGGACUCAAGGCGCGCCUGUCGACUAUCAAGCUCAAGGAGCCGGGCAUCCGCACGCAGAUUACGUUUUGGAGAUUGUGCAACGCCUUCAUUGACUCGUGGUAUGUCCUGGUCAAGAAGAUCAUGCAGUUCCAGAAUGAUGUGGCUUUGCCGGCAGAUACAAAGGCCAGGUUGAGACCGAUUCAGCAGGCUAUGAAGGAGACGCUCGAUCUCAUGAUGUCUUCGCCUUGGGGGUAUUAUCUGCGCCAGUCGGCCGGGCCGGAACAUCCAGCCGGUCCUGGAGCUGCGGCUGGUGCGGCGGGUGUGUCUAGCCCGUCGGCACCAGCCCCCCCGCCCCCAACACCGCUGCCCAUGACCCCCCAAAGUGCGGCCCUUGGCCCAGCCGUUCAGGCGACCGUUCCUAGCACCCCGCAAAGCGCAUCCUUUAAUAUCCAUCACCCCUCUCACCACAUAAACGGCCUUAACGGUCAUCACCCUGUUGCUGCCCAUGCCCAGCCGCACUACGCGAUGUCAGACCGCACCGAGACGGCAUCGAUUAGCAGCGGGUUUAGCAGCGCUAGUACCGUCGUUGAAACCUCCCGUGACUUCCGGGAACAGGCCCCGUCGCGCAGGGGGGAGUAUCCCCCUCCUCCGGUUGGGCCUGUCGGGCCGAUGGGGGGCAGGAGGACACCGACGUUGGGGAAUAUGGGGAAUGCGCCAGGAGGGUUGUAUGCUGGGACUGGGCAGGGUGAUGUUGUUGGUAUGGGGGUUGUGAGCCCGGGCCCUGGGCCCAUGGGGGCGAUGGGAGGGUUUGGGGCGAGAGUAGGCCUGAGCAGGGAGGGGAAGGUUGGGGGUUAUUAA